AAUUAUAGUAUUAAUACUUAUUACGUUAAACCGAACAAGAAUUAUUUGCACAGGUUGCCAUGCCGAUAAAGAAUUUACUAUAGCUUAAAAUAAAAUUGAUUUAACAGAGCUAACCGAAAGCACUGCUACACUACACUUGGGAAAACAACUUUGUAAUGAGCCCAUGUUUAAUUUUGAGUACUAAAAAAUAAAGUGAUUGAACGAUACAAUGGAAAUUCAGUAUGUUUAUUCAAAGACACGUGCACAAUUUGGAAAAGCUUGUAUAUUUUCAGAAACCGAUAAGGCGGAAGUUGAUAUUCGACCAGAUGCAUCUCAGUUGCAUAAUUUUGUCAGAUUAAAUCCAGUCAGUCAUGGGACUCAAUGCAGUAAAAGAUAUGCCGCUCACGAGGUAAAUACAACUACGGCAACGUUCAAAGAGGGAGGAAUGCAUCAUGUUGAAGGGGGAUGGCCUAAGGAUAUAAAUAUGCAUGAUUUGGAACAAACUGUGAGAUACAGACGUAAAAUUGAAAAAGACGAAUUAUACAUUCAUACGAUGCUUCAAUUGUUACCUCCCAUGGAACAUUACAUUCUACAAAAUAACGCUUGUAAUAUAUAUGAGCAAUAUUUUCAUGACACGGAACCAGCACCGUUGGUGCAAAGGACGUUUUCACGCACUGUCAAUGUCUACCGGGAUAUUUUACCUGUGAAACGGCCAAUUACGCAUAUUUCCUGGUCACCAGAUCAAGGAACACGGUUUGCUGUCAGUUACUGUAACACUGAUUUUAAAAAGUCAAGUAACUCCAAUCCGGAUUCCUACAUCUGGGACGUAGAAAAUCCAAAUAAUCCUUUCAUGAUCCUGAAGCCAUUCUGUCCGGUUCUGACCAUGGAAUACAAUUCAAAGGACAGUAAUGCCUUAGUUAGUGGAUUAAUGACUGGCCAAGUUGCGUCUUGGGACAUCAGGCGUGGUUGUGAACCCGUAGAAGUCAGUCUAGUAGAAAACAGUCAUAGGGAUCCUUGCGAUAAGGUCCUUUGGAUAAAUUCUAAAAGCGGUACAGAAUUCUUCAGCACAUCCAAAGAUGGACAGGUAAAAUGGUGGGACACUAGAAAGAUGCAAGCACCCACAGAUACUUUGGCCAUGGAUUUAUGCAAACCCGAGGAACAAGAUGUGGACAGAGCGACAGGGAUAUCCGCCUUGCAGUUUGAACCUUCUAUGGGAACACGUUUCAUGUGUGGUCUAGAAAAUGGUAUGGUGAUAUCCGGAAAUCGUAAAGGAAAGACGCCCGGUGAAAAAAUCGCAACUAGAUUUAGAGCGCAGUACGGACCGGUUUUGAGCGUCGAAAGGAAUCCUACGUUUGUCAAGAAUUUCUUGACUGUUGGCGACUGGACGGCAAGGAUAUGGUCAGAGGAUUGUAGAGAAUCCUGUAUAGCUUGGACGCCAGGUCAUAGAGAUUUAUUGACCGACGGUGCCUGGAGUUGCACCAGGUAUUCAGUAUUCUUCCUAACCAAAAUGGAUGGUACUCUAGAUGUUUGGGAUUUACUGGUGCAGCAGGACUCACCAGUUUUAAGCGUUAAAGUGUGCGAUGAUUCUUUGACGAAGAUAAGACCUCACGAGCAAGGACAACUAGCUGCUGUGGCUAGCAAAAAUGGAACGACGUACCUAUUGGAACUUUCAGAGGCGCUGACUAUUAAUCAAAAAAAUGACAAGCUGCUUCUAACAGCUCUCCUUGAGAGGGAAACUCGUCGUGAAAAAGUUAUCGAAGCCAAAAACAGAGAGCUGAGACUGAAAAUGAAGACCUACCGCGUUGAGACUGAAGCGGAUUCUCAGGAUAGUCGUCUUAAGGAAAUGCGAAAUGAUCAAUCAGAAUUGGAACGCAAUGAUCCAAUUAUUUUGCUAUCCGAACAAGAAUAUGAAAGCGCCAUUGAAGCGGAAAUAGCGAGACAAGCUUCCAUGGAUAAUACUGAAGUGAAUAACAAUCAUUUACAAAAUGGAACAACAAUCACAGCCAACUGAAUCCAAUCCGUGCGAUCGUCAAAUGAAAUGUUGAAAAUAAAACGCUGGAAAGGAUGAAUACGUUCUUUACAUUCACGUUUCACGUUAAUAUUCUUAUUCGCCACAGUCUUCUUAUCGGUUUUUCCCUCGUGGGCAGCUGCUGUACAUAUAACACAGUUCGACACUGAGUACACCUGCAAUUGCCACCUGGCACUGCCAGACAUCGAGUGAAUAUCCUAUUAGUAUACUAAACAGUUUAGAAGUAAACCAAG